UGGCCAGCUGGUGUCAGUGGGUCAGCUUUUUUCUCACACAGCUACGCUGCACAUUAGAGAGGGAACUCAUAUGCACAGGAAACGAGCGAGAGAGAGAGAGAGAGAGAGACAGAGAGAGAGAGAGUGUAAAAAGGACAACGCCUGCUAACAGUCGUAGCAGAAUACAUGUAGGAUCCGCUCAUGAACACAUGCAGCUAACAAGCUCCUUUGUAAACUGGGUGGAUUAUUUCUGAGUGACAGCUGUCUGUGGGUGAACUGAGAGGGCAGAAUGUCACGACGGGACCAGAGGUUUCGGCGAGGAAUGAAAGGACGGUGUUGUGAAUGCGGCUGUAUUCUGUCUCACUGGUACUAUGAACGAGAGGGGCAGCUCUACUGUAAGAAGCACUACUGGGCCCGUUACGGAGAGCACUGCCACGGAUGCAGGGAGACCAUCACAACAGGACUCAUUAUGGUUGCUGGAGAGCAGAAGUACCACCCUGAAUGCUUCACCUGUAUGAACUGUGAAACGGUCAUUGGAGAUGGAGACACUUACACGCUGGUCGAACGCACCAAACUCUACUGUGGCCACGGUUUCUGCCAACGUGUAGGAUCAACUGUGACGUCAGUUUCUCCCCUCACCAAGAGCCCUCACAUGGUGGCGCUAGUGUCUUUCCCUCCCCACGCAGGUGGCCAACGGGGUCUGACUGUAGCCACUGACCUCAGCCAAGAGAAAGGCCCUCUUGUUACUGUGAAAGGGUUAGACUCAUCUGUCCUCAACCCUGACCUGCUUCCCUCUGUGCACACUGGUGACCGAGUACUGGAAGUCAACGGCAUCCCUAUCCGCAAUAUUUCCCCAGAGGAGAUAAACCGUGUGAUCCAGGACACAAGCAGACCACUGCAGCUGACCAUUGAACACAACCCGCAGUCUCCAGAUGAUCUCCUUCGCUCAAACAAUCCCCAGGAUGACCUCAGCUGUACUGACCCCUGUGUCCCAGCGUCAACCCACAAACUACCAAGUCUGGAGGAAGAGCCAAGUCCAGGGGAGGAGACAGAGGAACCGAUCAGGUUGAGCCUCUCCCCGCCUCAGCACCAAGGAACCACGGGAAUGCGAUCCAGACACAUUCUGCGCAGCUGUAGUAUAGAUAAGUGUCCUCUGUCCCCUGGAGCACUGUCACUUUUAUCUCAAAAGAGAGACAUGGUUCGCUCAGAGUCUCUUCGUGUGGACUCUGGAGAUCGGACCCAUCGCAUCUUCAGACCUUCAGACCUCAUCCAUGGAGAAGUGCUCGGAAAGGGCUUCUUUGGACAGGCUGUCAAGGUAACACAUCAAGAGACAGGAGAGGUGAUGGUGAUGAAAGAGCUGAUAAGGUUUGACGAAGAGACACAAAAGACUUUCUUGAAGGAGGUGAAGGUGAUGCGCUGUCUGGACCACCCCAAUGUUUUAAAGUUCAUUGGACUGUUUUAUAAAGACAAACGGAUAAACUUUGUCUCUGAGUACAUCCAGGGAGGAACUCUCCGAGAGACCAUCGUAAAAAUGGACAAGGAUUUUCCCUGGAGUAUAAGAGUGGGUUAUGCCAAAGACAUUGCAGCUGGAAUGGCCUAUCUACACUCCAUGAACGUUAUCCACCGAGAUCUGAAUUCACACAACUGCCUGGUCAGAGAGAACCAGUCUGUGGUGGUGGCAGAUUUUGGACUGGCCAGGCUAGUGACGGAGGAGAGGAAUCAGGGGAAGACCUCCUCUCUGGAACGGCCCGCAAAGGGGACACUAUCCGAGCUCCGCAGGCCUGACCGGAGAAAGCGGUACACCGUGGUAGGAAACCCCUACUGGAUGGCCCCUGAGAUGAUCCGUGGGAAAAGCUAUGACGAACGGGUGGACAUCUUCUCCUUUGGUAUCAUGAUAUGUGAGAUAAUAGGUAGAGUGAAUGCCGACCCUGACUACCUUCCCCGAGCGAAUGACUUUGGGCUAAAUGUAGCCGGUUUCCUGCAGCAGUACCACCCUCCACACUGCCCCUCAUCCUUCCUGCCGCUGGGUGUCCUCUGCUGUGACAUGGACGCUGAAAAACGUCCUUCCUUUUCAAAGCUGGAGGAGUGGCUGGAGAACCUGCUGAUGCACCUGGACAUCGGUCUGCCUCUGCUCUCUGAGUUAGAGCAGCUCCGCAGGGCCUUCUGGCAGAAUCACAACCACCAAAACCACUUUCACAACCAGGACAAGACCCUUGAUUCUCACGAACAAACCCACUGUUCACAGCCACAGAAACAGAGCCCCGAUCCAGAGCGACAUUCAGACACUGCAAAUAAUCACAUUGAGCCCAGUCACCUCACUCAGAGCAAAGACCAAAACACACCUGACAGCCAUUCGGACGGAGAGCAACACGUGCAUGACAACCAUGACAUAAGGACUAAGCAUGACGACCUGAGCGGAGAUUGUAAUGACCACUCGCAAGACAAGAGCCAAACAUGUUGCAGGUCUACAAGCCCAGACUCAAGCAAGAGUGAGUCUGAAACAUAUGAACACAAUAACCCCUCAGGAGAACUGAAAGCCCAGCAAGGGCUCUCACCACCACCGCAGGUCAACAACUCGCUGCUAGGCCGGUCCAACAGGCUCAGAAGGACAUGCAGAGUGCAGUGGAACGGAACAAAAGAGGACAGCUCUUUUCUCUAACUGCUUAAUCCAACGGCCAAGACAGGACACAUCUACAAAGCCCAGUUUUGAUGGAUUAAAAACACUGAAUAAAGACAUUUGUGCCUUUUCAAAUAAAUAACUGGGAGAGAACUGAAAGAGUCCUAAAGAUGCUAACUAACACAUGGAAAACCUGCAGAGGAAUAAAACCAGACUGAUGUGGGAUAUUUUUCAUGAAAAACAGUAAAGAUUUGUAUGCAGCUUAAUAGCAACUGCCUAAUACAUUAAAUUAGUCUCAUAUUGCUCUGUAAACCAGUAUUUAUGUGGUUUCAACUAGAGCCCCAACCAAUACUGGAUUUACUCGAUACCCAUCCUAUACCUCAGUCGUUCCCAACCUGGGGGUUGGGACCCCCACUAGUGGUCAACAAAGCUUCACAGGGGGUUGCGAGGCCUUCUUGAUUUUAAGGCAUGUGAGAAAACUUUAAAAAUAUACACAGUAGGCCUAUAUCUCAACAUUUGGUUCACUUCUGUGAAGAAAAUUAAAUGUAAAUUGUCUAAUAGAACAAUGGCCAAGCGCUAGGGAUGAGAAAACACAGAAUUUGUCAAAAAAGAAGCCUAUUAAGUCUGUAUGAUUGCUUAAAGAAGCAUAAUACAGACAGAAAAUCGGUAUAUAAUAAUUAUAAAAAGUUCCCUUAACAGGAAAUAAUCUCAAAAUGUAUCCAAUCACUUGCUUUAUACAAACUUCUUGGAGUUACUGAGCUCACUAUUUGGGUUAAACUGUACAGUUUUUAAUACAAUAUAAAAUAUAUCCAUACAAUAUGUCAGGGGGUCGUCAGUUUACUGAAUGAUAGAAAAGGGGUCCCUUGAUGAAAAAGGUUGGGAACCAUUGUCUUAUCUGAUUAUUUAAAUUCCUCAGAAUUACUCUAUGUAAUGAUAACCCAGUUUAUAAAUUACCUCAAACAAGUCUUUGGUAUUUCUUUACUACAAUAUCUCUUUACUUAUCGGCCAACAUCUAUAACAAUAUACUGUAAGUGUAUUUUAUGAUAAGCUAAAAAUAAGCUGGCCUGUUUUUGUUUUAGUAUUGGUUGGGCUCUAGUGUCAACUUUUGUCCAGAAGCUGUGAAACACGUGGCACUUUAUACUUUAAGCUACAUUGCAUGGGUCUAUUAUUUAUCACAAUGCCUUAUGUAUUUUCUGUUGAAACAUUUCAGACCACAGACACACAGACACACACAUACACACUGAGCUGUGAACUACAACUGUUUGAACUAAUAGUUAACUUAAUAAAGAGAAAAAUAAAUUCAUGCAUGUGACGUUAACAUUAAAUGACUCACUAUUUAACGUACCUUAAUAAAUAUAUUUGAUUAUCA